AUGUCAUCGCACGAUAGAGAAUCAUUCGAUAGUACUGCCCAAGAUCCAGAAGCCAAGCCAGCAAGCAUCUACUCGCCUGCUGAGGAUGGAAUUAGCCGUACUGCCUCUCGCGUGAGUGGCAUUGUGAGAAAGCUCACCCACGGCGACGAUGUGGACGAAAAACAAGACCGCGAGGCCUUGGAACGCAUGAUCACCAACAGGUCUGCGGCCGUGUCCAAGAUCGUGGACCCUUACGAAGAAGGAUACGGUGCUCUGGGACCUCUUGAGCAACCGCUCGACCACGAAAAAACGGUCUCCGGCUUCAUCCCAGACCCUACAUCCGACUUCCAUGAAAACGACCAAUGGAAAUACCCUAUUGACAAAGAAACGCAGAUGAGAUUGGUGGUGUUUGUGGACGGAGACAAGAAGAACCCGCAGAACUGGAGUUUCAGCUACAGAUGGUUCCUCACCAUUCUUUUGGGUACAGUUUGUUUUGCUGUCGCAUUUGCUUCCGCCGCGGUGACUGGUGAUAUUGGAGGUCCUAUGGAAAGCUUCCACGUCUCCCAGGAAGUUGUCAUUUUGACCGUGUCGUUGUUUGUGCUUGGAUUUGGUUUCGGCCCUUUGGCGUUUGCUCCAUUGUCUGAAGAGUUCGGCCGUACCGUUGUCUACCUUUCUACUUUGUUCGUUGCUGUUGUGUUUGUUAUUCCGUGCGCUCUUGCCAAGAACAUUGGCACCUUGCUUGUUUGCAGACUGAUCGACGGUCUGGCCUUCUCUGCUCCAAUGUGUCUGAUUGGUGGUAGUCUUGCAGACUUGUUCCAGGUCAAAGAAAGAGGUCUUGCCAUGACUGUUUUCUCUGCUGCUCCGUUCAUUGGUCCUGCUCUUGGUCCUUUGAUCGGUGGCUACAUCGGUGAUAACGUUGGAUGGAGAUGGAUUUACUGGGUCAUCUUGAUCUUCAGUGGAGCUGUCUACGCUGCCUUUGUCGUCUUGAUGCCUGAAACCUCGCACAACAAAAUCCUCAAAGACAGAGCUAAGAAGCUGAGAAAAACUACCGGUGAUGAAAAAUACAGAGCUUUGACCGAACUCAAAGUUAGAACUACCACCCAAGUGUUCGAAGAGACAUUGCUGAGACCACUGGUUUUGCUUACUGAGGUGAUUGUGUUCCUCAUGACCAUGUACAUGUCCGUUAUUUACGGUCUACUUUACAUGUUCUUCUUCGGUUACCCAGUUGUGUAUACCGAGGGUAAGGGCUGGUCUGACUCCAAGACUGGUUUGAUGUUCAUUCCUAUUGCUGUUGGUGUGCUUGCAGCUGUGGCCGUCUCUCCAUGGGUGAACAACGACUAUAACAGAAGAGCCGACGUUUACAGACACAAGGGAGUUGUUCCACCUGCAGAGCUGCGUUUGUUCCCAAUGAUGGUUGGUUGCUGGUUCGUUCCGGCUGGACUGUUCGCCUUUGCCUGGUCUUCCUACCCAAGACUGUCGUGGGCUGGACCAUGUUUUUCCGGAUUCGCUUGUGGAUUUGGUUUCAACAUCCUUUACAACUCCGCCAACAACUACAUUGUCGACUCUUAUCAGCACUAUGCCGCCUCUGCAUUGGCUGCUAAGACCUUCGUCAGAUCGAUUUGGGGAGCCGCAGUGCCAUUGUUCACAAUUCAAAUGUACCACCGUUUGGGAUACGAGUGGGCAUCCUCCUUGAUGGCUUUCAUCGCUUUGGCCUGCUGUGCUAUUCCAUUUGCUUUCUUCUUCUACGGAGCCAAGGUCAGAACAUGGAGCAAGUACGCCUACUCUCCUGUUGUUGACGCGCCUGAAUCAGACUCUACUAGCGAAGCAAAGGCUUGA